CGCUCGUCUUUACCAUACACAUGGUAGACAAACACCAUUCGUACACCGAAAGCUCUUGCAUUUUGGCUCAACUCGCCCUUUGAUUUUCUCCAGACUGUGAUCUUCCCCGGACCCGCACAAAUUCCAACGAAUUUCCAUUAAGGUUAAGGUACAAGUUUUUUCGAGAUGCCAAGGGGAAAGAAACGCGUCAGUUCCUUUGUCCAGUCCAGACUGUCAUCUCCUCCACCCCCUAAAAAGGGUAGGAGCACCACAGUCUCUCGCCGCGCAAGCCGAAAUGAGUGUGCCCCUGAAGUCUUCAACCAGAAAGCGUGCCUCAAGUGGUUUCAGGAGUACAGCCAAAACGACGACCCCAAUAUUAUGGGUCCGGACGGGGUGGAAAAAUUCUGCUCGGACAUAAAAGUCAAACCUGAGGACAUAGUCAUGCUCGUGCUCGCCUGGAAGAUGAAAGCUAAACAAAUGGCUUAUUUCACUCAAGAGGAAUGGCUUCAGGGAAUGACUGAAAUGAGCUGUGACUCAAUCGAGAAACUGCGUUACAAGCUGGACUCGUUAAGAAAUCUGUUGAAAGACAGCGCCACCUUUAAGAGUAUUUACCGCUACUCGUUUGACUUUACCAAAGAUAAAGAUCAGAGAAGUUUGGAAAUCGAAACAGCUAAAAGCAUGCUGCGAGUUUUGCUUGCGGACCAGUGGAAUUUGUUCCCUCAGUUCAUGAAGUUUCUAGACGAGUCAAAGUACAAAGUAAUUAAUAAGGAUCAGUGGGCCAACAUUCUCGAGUUUACGCGCUACGUGCGUGACGAUCUCUCCAAUUAUGACUACGAUGGAGCCUGGCCUGUCCUGCUUGACGAGUUUGUAGAGUGGCUCGGCAAAGACAAUAGCAUGAACCAAUCGGAAGUGUGAACCAGCGACUGCGUGUUUUGAUAUUAAAUUUAAGUACCGUCAAUUCUGAUAAACAAGAUCUUCGUACCAGCCGUUUUCCCUCAAGUGGCUUCUGGGCCAUUCAAAUGAUCAGUUCCUGCAUAUUAAUUUCAAGUUUUACCCUCGCUCGCCUCUCACAAAUAAUGCAAACUGCCGAUUGUUUGUUAGUAUUCAAGUCUCAAAAUAUCUGUGUUAUUUGAGUUAUCUUAAGUGAUACCGAAAUGUCCUCCCUCCCCCGCAUCAGCUGAUUAAAAACAUCACGAAAGCGCGUGUUCGCAUCAAACAAUGCGCGGGGUUUUGAACCCUUCGACCGUGCUGAACAUGUGAUUUUUUUAGCAAGGCAUCCAUGAGUCCCCUUCGUAAUGUAUCUUGACUUAAAGAUAAUGUUAACAUUAAGCAGUGUGAAUAAAGUUAAGUCUCUGCAUCGUAUAUUUAUUAAAAGAAACAUUUAUUUGCAGUAUCGAUCUGCUUUCAUUUUGCUUCUUCUGUCCAGCAUUGUUUCGUGGAAAGUGCCCUCUUCCUUCGCCUUGGUCAAAUUUCCCAUUUCGCCGGUGAACAAUCGGAUCUUCUUGUCUUGGAAUUUCUGGAAUUUUUUCCUGUGGAGCAACGUCAAUGUUAUCCCAGUACAAACAGAAAUAUCUGUAAAGCGUACACAUAAUUUAAUUCUACUUGAGACACUUCGCCUUCGUCCUCGUUUUUCCUCGCCGCCUUGGCGGCUGUGGCUUCGUCGUCAUCCACCUGGACGCGAAUUCUUAUCAUUUCGCUCGGCCCCGCGGUCUUGCUUAGUGCCUCAAGGGAGUCGUCUUCAGUCAAAGUCACAAAAGAGCCGUUUGCAGAUAGAAGGGCCAGUUUGCCUUCCUG